CGCUAAUCUCUUUUUUAGUGGUGACGUCGUGCAGCCUCCCCUUCUGGGUAAUCUAUCCGCAAGCCUUUCUCUUAGCUCUCCAACGACCUCGGAAACAUCCCACCCAUCACACAUCAAGCUGCACUCUUCCGACACCCACAACCCGGCUAUCAGUGCUGUACCCGAUUAUUCAGCAAAGAUGUCUUCGGGAUUUGUCUCCGGAGGCACGAUUGAGCACCCCAAAGAGCGCGAUGACGAGUGGCGGCGCGCGCAGCAGGAGCUUGAGGAAAAGCGGCUGUUGAAGGAGAAAGAAGGGCAGCAGGACGGGGGAAAGAGCUUGUUUGAGGUCCUACAGGCGAAUAAAGCCGCUAAGCAGGAAGCUUUUGAAGAGGCAACACGACUCAAAAACCAGUACCGCGCCCUCGAUGACGACGAAGCGGAGUUCCUCGAUUCGGUGCUCGAAGCUACUAGGCAGAAGGAGGCGGAGGUGAAGAAGGAGACACUGGAGCAGCUAGAUGCAUUCCGAAAGCGGCAAGAGGAGGCGGAGAGGAAGGCGCUGGAGGAGGAGAACACGGAGCCCCCGAAAGAAGAUGAGGCGCAGUGGGUUGCGCAUGGGAGGAAGAGGAAGAAAGGCCGUGAGCUGCUCAAGGGUGUGAAGCUGAGGCGGGUAAGCUCGGCGGCAGAGGACACGGCGGCGGCGAGGAAGACUAUCCAGGCAGAGAGCAGGAAAGAGGAGAAGAAACCGUCUGCUGCCGCUGAGAAGCCUCAACCACCUGCUCAAGCCAGCCCAGUCAAGCCUACGUCCGCCUCGCCUCCGUCUAAGCCGUCGAAUGCUCUCGCCUUAGGCCUAGGAUAUGCCUCUUCCGAUGACGACGGUUGAACUCAUCGUCAUGUAGGAAUGGUAUGAUUCUCAGGAAGCAGUAUGCGACUGUGCCGCAUGCCCGAAGCUGAUUGGACGUUUCUACCCGCCAGCCACAUCCACCUA